GAGCGUCUCCAGUCCUCGCGGCGGCGCGGGCUGGUGGGCUCUGCUGCGGCUUGCGUGCGGGGAGAUGACCCUGCCCGGGGGCCCGACGAGCAUGGCGCGGCCGGGAGGCGCGGGGCCCUGCAGCCCGGGAUUGGAGCGGGCCCCGCGCCGGAGUGUCGGGGAGCUGCGCCUGCUCUUCGAGGCGCGCUGCGCGGCAGUCGCUGCCGCCGCCGCCGCAGGGGAGCCCCGGGCCCGCGGGGCCAAGAGGCGUGGGGGACAGGUCCCCAACGGGCUUCCGCGGGCUCCCCCUGCCCCGGUGAUCCCACAGCUGACUGUGACAGCCGAGGAGCCGGACGUACCCCCGGCCAGCCCGGGGCCGCCGGAGCCGGAGGGUGGUUGGCUCCCGGCCGUGGGCUCCUCACACCUGCAGCAGCCGCGCCGCCUCUCCACCUCGUCGCUCUCCUCCACUGGCUCCUCGUCGCUGCCCGAGGACUCGGAGGACGAUCUGCUGAGCGACAGCGAGAGCCGGAGCCGCGGCAACGUGCAGCUGGAAGCCAGCGAGGACGUGGGUCAGAAAAGCCACUGGCAGAAGAUCCGGACCAUGGUGAAUCUGCCCGUCAUGAGCCCUUUCAAGAAGCGCUACGCCUGGGUGCAGCUGGCUGGGCACACGGGGAGUUUCAAGGCGGCUGGCGCCAGCGGGCUGAUCCUGAAGCGCAGCUCAGAGCCGGAGCGCUACUGCCUGGCGCGGCUCAUGGCGGACGCGCUGCGCGGCUGCGUGCCCGCCUUCCACGGCGUGGUGGAGCGCGAUGGCGAGAGCUACUUGCAGUUGCAGGACCUGCUCGACGGCUUCGAUGGGCCCUGCGUCCUUGACUGCAAGAUGGGCGUCAGGACUUACCUGGAGGAGGAGCUGACCAAAGCCCGCGAGCGGCCCAAGCUGCGGAAGGACAUGUACAAGAAGAUGCUGGCGGUAGACCCUGCGGCGCCUACCGAGGAGGAGCACGCGCAGCGCGCGGUCACCAAGCCGCGCUACAUGCAGUGGCGAGAAGGCAUCAGCUCCAGCACCACGCUCGGCUUCCGCAUCGAAGGCAUCAAGAAAGCUGACGGCUCCUGCAGCACUGACUUUAAGACCACGCGAAGCCGGGAGCAGGUGAUUCGCGUCUUCGAGGAGUUUGUGCAAGGGGAUUCGGAAGUGCUGAGGAGGUAUCUGAACCGCCUGCAGCAGAUCCGGGACACGCUGGAGGUCUCUGAGUUCUUUAGGAGGCACGAGGUGAUUGGCAGCUCUCUACUCUUCGUGCACGAUCACUGCCAUCGCGCGGGUGUGUGGCUCAUCGACUUCGGCAAGACCACGCCCCUCUCCGACGGCCAGACCCUGGACCACCGGCGGCCCUGGGAGGAGGGCAACCGCGAGGACGGCUAUUUGCUGGGGCUGGACAAUCUCAUUAGCAUCCUGGCCAGCCUGGCAGAGAGAUGAGGCUGGGCCCCAGUUCUAACAGAUGGACCUGCGGCUGCGUCCCCGCCAUGCAUGCCGGAGAGAGACUGAAACCCCGUGCUGCGGGGCGGUUCACACGGUUCUGCAGGGCCUGGUGCCAACCACUAUGGGACGCACUGCACACGCUGGGGGCUGUCCCCCAUACAAGAUCCAGAGUUCCCAGAACCGAUGGCACUAAUUAACAGAGGGGGUGGGGGAGGGGUGGCUGGGACAAUGGGCUCCUUCCUCAGCCCAGCUCUUCUGAGGGGGCUGCAUAUCUCUCUCUCAAGGCCAAAUAAUUAAUUUUAUUUCGCAGCACUAGAUCUGUUGGUCUAACCUCCUACACUACAAUGGACAGCCUUUCCCAAUAAAACUCAAAAACACCAGCUU